AUGCACUGGACAAGGGGCUGCUGCUGGCCUGCCCUUCUCUGGUGGGGGCUGAAGGCCACUUUGGGGCUGAAUGCAACACAAGGACAGCAGCCCACCUGUCGGCCAGGUUACUACUGUCCAGAGGGCAGAGAUACUGCAGUGCCGUGUCCCAGGGGAAUGUUUGGGCCGAGUUUCUGGGCUGUGGAUAUCCAAGCUUGUAUCAGCUGCCCUCCGCACCACUAUGCUCCUAGAGAGGGUUUGGCUGCAUGUUUGCCCUGUGGCUCCAAGGCACAGCAGCCUCUGCCUGGGCAAGAUAAAUGUACAUGCCUGGGAGAAGGCCAAGUCUUCCAGGCCAGUGAUGGGCAGUGCCAUUGUGCUCUAGGGUAUCGCUCUACACAGAGAGAUGCCUGCGAGCUACAGGUGUAUGAGAUCUGUAAAGACGGGAGGACACGCGAUCAGUAUGGGGAGUGUCUGGACCCCAGGCGCUGGAAACAGCUCUGCUCUCUCCAGGUGUGUGCAUCUCCUGAACAGUUUGAGGGCUAUGACGGUUCUCUCGGCCUGUGUGUGUGCAAGAACCCGCCUAAUAACGACGCAGGCAGGAGUGAGUGCGCAGGCUGGUGCAGAGGCGUCCCAGGACCAUUUCUGCGGCUGGUGUGCAGCGUAGCCACCCUUCAGCUUGUCUACACUGAGACAAACAGACAGGUGAGCACGUCAGGAGGUGCGUUGAUAUCUGUUCUCAAACACUGGGACUCCCAUGGGAGGCUGGAGUGUGACUGGCGUCUCGGCUUCUCCAGGCCUGUGUACGUGGUGCAGACUGGGGAGGCCGGCUUCUACGGGCUCCUCCAUUCCAUCCCAGCAGAAGUACGGAAGUUGAUUUUGGAGAGCGGCCAAGUAACCCAAAGCUUUGCAGAGGCCUCCGGCACACACAGCAUGGUAGAGGUGGAGUUCAGAGGAAACCAUACCCACAUGGAUGUGGAUUCUCAUUGGUCUGCUGCUUCAGCAUCAAGAGGAGUCAAGAAUGGAGGUUCUGCAGGGGUGAUGAACCCAACAGCGUGCUUGCAUCUUGAAGAUAUUCUUUUGUUCACUGUGACGCAUCAGCACUAUCCUCAGUAUGAUGCAGAGAACCUGUUCAACUCUAACACAGCUUUCGACUGGGGGCCCUUCAGACUCUUAGCACAAGAGAUAACAUUGGCUCGAUCAGCGCAAUCCCUGUUUUCCAUUAGUUUCAAUGAGCCGGGGGUCUAUGCUCUCAAACUGAGCAGCAAUCAGCACAAGCACAUGUAUGUGAAGGUUUUGCCGGCUGGUGGACAGUGCUAUGACACCGGACCCUUCUUUCCCACUGACCCCCACCACAUGACUCGCAUGGGAAUUGCUCGCCGCCGGCAGAUCUUGCUGCAGCCAGACUGGCUGGUGAUCGGAGGGCUUUUAGCCGGAGCUGUAGUCGUGCUGUGCUUGUGUGUUGUCCUACUGAUCUUGUUUAAAGAGUAUGGCUGGCCAGAGAAGCUGCCCACGCAGCCCAGAUACCGGGCUCUGCAGCUCAAGUACAACAUGGAUGACUACUCGUCGAAGGGUUCCAGGGCUGUGGCUCUGAAAAAGACACACAGAAACCUGCAGGUUGGGAUGACAGAGGACUCGAUGCAGAGAGCUGUGGUUCUCAUGUCAGAUGAAUUCUGGGACUAUGAGGAGCAGGUGGACCUGGAGGCUUUCAGUUCCAGUACCUUCUACGACAUCCUGCUCAGGCACAGUGUGUCAAUCACGGCCCGACUCGGGCAGCUCAGAGGAGAGGUGAAGCAGCUGUAUCAGGGGGUGCUGGGAAAAAUGCAAGGGCUCCACCCUGGCUGGGGGGCAGUGGCAGGGGGCAAGCUGGAGGCUCUGGAUAGGCAAGUCGAGCAAGAGAUGGCACGGAGGAAAGCCUUGGGCACUCAGCUGGCCCAACUGUUUGACAGCCAGCUGCAGAUCCUACGGGCAGAGUUAAGACCCCAGCACACCAUGCACAGGGCCUUUGCAGCGAGCCUCAGAGAAUGCCUCCGACUGCUGACGCUACUGUCUGACAACCAGGCCACUUUGUGGGACAAACAUAUCCAGCAAUGUGUUACAGAGAGAGUGGCAGUUCUGGCUGAGGAGAUGGCAGAGCUGGUGUCAGUGGAGGCACAGAGGCAAGGGGGCUGGGCUAUACUCAAACAAGCCACGGGAGCACAACUACUGUGUCCUGCCUCUGGUACAGUACUCACUAGGGAUGACAUCAUUGCACCUGAUGGCACUGUCAGGGCUUGUGAAGCUGUCCAUGUGGACCCCUGCACUGGCCUCAUCCAGCCCAACUCGAACACCCACAUGCUCCUGGCCAGUGGGCACAGCAUGCCUGUGCCUCCUGAUUUCUUUCUCCACCCGCAGACUGGACGGGUGCUGCCUGUGGCUGGGAAUGUCAGCUUUGACCCUGCCAGCUCCACCCUCGUCUACACGGCCGAUGCUUGUGUGGGUGAGGUGGGGAAGUGGGAGUCUCCUCUGCUGCCCUUCAUUCCCUACCCUCCGUCUCGCCACGCUGAGCUCCCUGGACCCUCUAAGCUGAGGGGUCUCCGUGCAGGCCAGAGGCUGGUGUUAGGGGGACCCAUGUGUGACUAUGACACUGGAGUGCUGGUGCCCAUCCUGGCAGUGACCAUCCACCCCCAGACGGGUAUGGUGUACCCGCUAGGUGGUGUCCACACAUGCCCCAUCUCACGUCUUCGGCAGCCCAUCCAGAUCGGCUGCCCCAUGCUGGACCCCCGCACAGGAAGCAUGGCACUUAUAACAGGGGUCGGUCUGGAUCCCCACAAAGGCACGGUCCUUCCCAUCGGGGGCCUCUUGUUGGGUGAAAGCUUCAUCGAGCCUCUGAGUGGCAGGCUUGUGCGGGUUGGCGGAGGCAGCAUCCGUGGGGGAAAGGUGGUGCCCCAUGCUGGGGGGUUCCAGGCUCUGGUAGACAGCCAGGCUUUGGGGGCACGGGUGCGGCUAGUGGAGCAGCUGCGGGCCUGCUGUGAAGAAUGGAGCACUGGGACUCUGGAGCUGCACAGUGAAAUGAGCAGACUGAGGGCUGCUGCCUCUGACUUGGAGCAGGCCUGGAAGAGUAGCCAGCACUGCAUGCUUCAGCUGCUUAGCCGCCUGGAAGCCCAGCAGGAGUGGGCCUGGGGGGUGGCUGAGGAUGGGGGCAGUGUAGGGGAGGUCAAGCUGCCUGGCACAGAGCUGUCUCUGCCCGCUUUGCCAGGGCUGGACUAUCCAGACCCGGGAGGUUCUGGCCUGUCUGUCCCUGUUCUCGGAGCCCAGCUGGACUGGGUGUCGGGGUGCAUGGUGCCUCUGAUUGGAACCAUGGAGGACGCAGAUGGCAAAGGGCUGGUACCCAUCCGCUUUGGGGCACGGACGGUGGACCCAGUGACUGGCAUGCUGGCUCCGGUGGUUGGAGCUCGGCUAGAUGUGUGGAAGAGGACCAUAGUCCCAAUAACUGUAUCCCAGUGUCUGACUGUGGGAGACACUAUCGACAGCGUGCUGGUGGAGGCCUUGCAGAAGGAGUGCAGUGCAAGGGGUCAAUUUUGGAGACAGCAGAGAGUGAAAGAGGAGGAUCUGGUGGCAGAUUUAGAGCGUGCCCUGAGGAACUGCCCCUAUACAGCCAUACAGGAGGAGUCAGACCGUCUUUUGUGGACAGACACAGAGAGGCAAGUGAAAGAAGCUGCAGCAGAGCUUCAGGAGGCAGCCCACACUGAGGCUCAGAGAAGAAGUGUUCAGAACUCCGAGCUCUCCCUCAUCUUGCCUGCCCAUGUCCUGCUUACUCUUACUGGAGGUGAUGAGGAAGAGUGGGAGCAGCAGAGUCACUGGCACACUGAACUAACAACUGUAUUGAACAGAGUAAGCGUUUUGAUGGCAAGGCAGCCGUGGGAGCAAGAUCGACCAACACUGGCAGAAGAGCAUCCGGACGAGAAGAUGAGACAGAAGGAGCUGUGGGACCAAUUAAAGCAGAGACAUGCUGAGCUGGACGCUGCCCUAUCCUCAGUGCACUGGACUCGUGAGCUCAGCCAGCUCUAUGCUGACACCGCGCAGGCUAUGCUGUCAGGGUCUUUUUGGUACAGGGAUUAUUUUCAGAUGCAGCCAAGAGGUGGGAGAAACCCUUUGAAAACAGCGACCAUGACUCAGCGCAAAAUACUCCCUCAGCUGGAGCGCCUCAUUCAGCUGCUGGAGGAUGGCAAACUCCCCAGCCCCUCCGCCAGUGCCCAGCGCCAGCAGAGCUCCGAACUGUCCGCAAAGCAGACAUUUGACCGGGACACAUGCUCUAGAGCGUGGACUGUGUCCAUCCCAGUGGCUAAAGCAGCGUCCACUCACUCACUAAGAGAUCAUGAAAAGACCUCUGCUGUGAGCGAGCAGAAAAACUCGAAGAUGCCCUUGUCCAGCACAUCGACCCAGAGAGGACAGGACAGCGGCCUACCUGAAAGCCAGGAUAGCCAACAUCUCAAGGAGCCUGGGUUUCCUCUGCACAUCACGGCCCCCAAAGGGGAAGGUGAGGACUGGACCAGGCUGCUGGAACUCUCACCACUCUUCCAGCUCAUCAAAGAGGUGGACCAGCAGAUCAGAACCAGAGCAUGGAAAGCAGGCCUGCUCAGCGGAGACCAAUCAGGCUCGGGGCGCCCCUUCAUUGAUUUCUUGGAUGCACAGUGGGAGUGUGAGGGAGACCUGGUUCAAGUCAGCAGGGAUACCCUCAACCCUCGUGAGGUUCUGAUCUACCAGCACGGGCAGCUUCUGCUCCAGCUGCUCCACUUGCACAAAGUGGCACCAGCAGUUAAACUACAGCUCGCCUCAAGUCUUCCAGCAAACGACUACCACUGCAAUGCCUUCCGCAAUUCCUUUUACUACCAGGAGGCAGAAGAGACUCUGUAUGUGCGCCAUCAGAGGCUGCAGUCAGUUGGGGGAUUUUCUCUGCUGAUCCUGCACUGUGCUGCUCACAUCUCCAUCAGGCAGCUGAGCGUUGACUCCACUCCUGCGUUCCAAAGGGCCUUCUUCAAGGUGUUACAAGUGUGUCUAAGUGAGCUGUUCCACACUAGAUUAGCCCCCAAUUUGUCGGAAGAGAGGGUACAAAGUGGCGUGGGCACCAACUCUGCUCUUAAUAGCCUCCUGCUGGAGAGGGUGCAGAAACCUGGCCAAAGCCAAGGGAUUCUGUCUGAGGACGACGUGGCCAGGAUGUUGCAGAAGCACAGAGAGUCUUCAGUGUUCCGGCAAGUGGAGAGCCUCCUGAGAGAUAAGAACAUAGAGGUCAGCCCAAGCGACAGCCAGCUGCCAAUCAAACACGGCACAGACGGCCAGAACACAGCUCCAGAGUGAAAUGAUGGAUCGCUCGUGAAACAUGAGCGCUUCUGCCUUUCGCUAAAUGUGACAAGGCCAACUGUCUCAUCAAAGCUACAGCAGGUUGCCUCCUGUGAGACGGAUGGUGGCAUUAAAGUCUGGUUGAUGACUUCCUUUUGGGUCAGGUAUAUUUCACUAAGUACUUUAAGUCGCAUGUAGAAUAUGUAAGUAGGAAACUAAAGCAAAACAAAGGUUGUGUGUAUGAUUUCCUUUUGACUGGUAUAUUUCAGCACCUACCAAAACAUGCACAUAUGUUUGUAUGUGUGUACAAUGUAUAAAGAGGAACAACAAGCAAAACAAAGUAUUUGUAAAUGAAUGGAGGGGAAAAUACUGCAUAUAACACUGUUUAUAACAAGUACUAAUGCUGGAUUUAAAAAGUACUAAAAGUUAUAAACCCAAAGUACUGAAAUACAUUUGCCUGUUUUACAUGCAACAAACAGCGUUAUUAUGCAAAAAAACAGUUUGACUCUAAAACAGGUAGAAUGGAAAGCAUUCUGAAGUCAUUAAUGCCUUGAAUGUAUCAGAAAACAAAGCCUUGUUUGACCCGGUGCUGAAAUGAAACUUUGACAGGUUUGACUUCUGAAUGCCCAGUAGGCAUUGCACAGAGAAUCAGCUCUAAAGACCUUGAUGUUUUAAGCAAAAGUUUUGGGAGACACUUCCCCCCCCUUUCUAGAAACCUGUUGAUUUCAAAGCAAUCAGUUUUCUUAGGACAGG